GCUCCCCUACACAGCCACCGGGGCGAGCGGCGUGCGCUUUGCCUCUCUUGACAUCUUUGCCCGGUCGGAGCCGUGCAGUCCGCUCCUCGCAGGUUGAGCGUAUGAGCAGGGCGGUGAAACAGUCAGCGACAUGCCGGUUUGGUUUUUCGACGAGCUUAAUUUGCUUGAAAUAUGACUCAGCGUAAGACAAUAAUUAAGCUUGCCAGCAUCCGGUGUGUGUGAUCUGCACGGAGCGGAAGGGGCAGCCGUAAAGAUGGAGCUGUCCGACGGCUUGUUGCUGCAGGUCGGCAAUGGAGAGCAGUGGUGCAACCGCUGGAAACAUCCCAACGAAGACGUUGACCGCAGCACCAGUCCCUCAGUCCUGCGCUCUGUUGCCAGGACGUGGAAGGAGGGCCUGCUGAACAGGAAGAGGCCAUUUGUGGGCCGAUGCUGUCACUCCUGUACACCUCAGAGCUGGGAGCAAUUGUUCAACCCCAGCAUUCCUUCUCUGGGCCUGCGUAAUGUCAUCUACAUCAAUGAGACCCACACUAGACAGCGGGGCUGGCUGGCACGCAGGCUCAGUUAUGUACUCUUCGUAAUGGAGAGAGACGUCCACAAGGACAUGUUCACCAGGAAUGUGGUUGACAAUGUGCUCAACAACAGCAGGGUGGAGGCGGCUAUUUUGAAGGUAGCAACAGAUGUGGAGGCUGCGGCAAACCAGCCCAGCCACGAGCACAAGGCUGUCGGUAAAGUGAAGCAAAAAGCCAGAGCCUUUCUCCAAGAGAUGGUGGCCAAUGUUUCUCCAGCCUUUAUUAGGCUGACAGGGUGGGUGCUCCUGAGGCUCUUUAAUGGUUUCUUCUGGAGCAUCCAGAUCCACAAAGGACAGCUUGAAAUGGUCAAGAAAGCUGCCUCAGAGCGAAAACUGCCCAUGGUCUUUCUCCCUGUCCACAAAUCCCACAUCGACUACCUGCUCAUCACGCUGAUUCUGUUCUGCCACAACAUCAAAGCGCCCCACAUCGCGGCUGGAAACAAUCUCAGCAUCCCAAUCCUUAGCACUGUGAUCCGCAAACUGGGCGGAUUCUUCAUACGGCGGAGAAUGGAUGAGGCCAGAGAUGGAAGGAAAGACGUUUUGUACCGCUCGCUGCUACAUGCGUACACAGAGGAGUUACUGAGGCAGCAGCAGUUUCUGGAGGUCUUUCUGGAGGGUACCCGGUCCCGCAGCGGCAAGCCGUUUCCAGCACGCGCCGGCAUGCUGUCCAUCGUGGUCGACACGCUGUGCACAGGGGCAAUCCGAGAUGUGCUGGUGGUGCCAGUUGGCAUCUCUUAUGACCGCAUUAUUGAGGGCAACUAUAAUAGCGAGCAGCUGGGCAAACCCAAGAAGAAUGAGAGCUGGUGGGGGAUCGCGUGUGGAGUAUUUAGGAUGCUAAGGAAAAACUAUGGCUGUGUACGAGUCGAUUUCAAUCAGCCCUUCUCUCUAAAGGAGUACAUGGACACCCAGAGGAGCCGUCACAUUCCCCCGCCAGUGUCUCUGGAAAACGCCUUGAUGCCACACAUCAUUUCCGCACAGCCUGACGGUCAGUUUGAGGAGCAGGAAGAGGAGGAGAUGGACCGAGAGGUCCCCGACGAGCUCUUCAGACGGCAUCUCAUCAACAACCUGGCCAAGCACGUCCUCUUCACUGCUAACAAAUCAUCAGCGAUCAUGUCGACCCACAUCGUUGCCUGCCUGCUCCUGUACCGACACAGACAGGGCGUUGUUUUGUCCAAGCUCGUAGAGGACUUCUUCAACAUGAAGGAAGAGAUCCUGUCCCGGGACUUUGACCUGGGCUUUUCGGGGAACUCCGAGGAUGUGGUCAUGCGUGCCCUCCACCUCCUGGAAAAAUGCGUCAACGUGACCAGCAGCGCCAAUCGCAACGGAGAGUUCACCAUCGCGCCCAGCCAAACCGUACCUGCGCUUUUCGAGCUCAACUUUUACAGCAAUGGCCUUUUCCACGUCUUAAUUCCCGACGUAAUCAUCGCCUGCAGUAUCCUGUCUCUGCAGCGAGAGCUGAUGACGGAGUCUGCUCACCAACCUAAGGAUCGCAGCAGCCUUCUGCUCAGUCAGGAGAGACUCAUCCACAAAGCCGCAGGUCUCUCCCAGUUCCUAACCAAUGAGGUUGCUGUGGCACCGCCCUGCCAGACUAUUUACCAAGUUUUGAACGAUGCAGUGAGUCGACUGAUCCAAUAUGGGGUUCUAUAUGUUGCAGAUGAGGACCAGGAGGAACUGAGCUCCAGCCCAACAGAAGAACCCUGGCCUAAAAAGUUCCCUGAGCCUCUCUCCUGGAGAAGCGACGAAGAGGACGAAGACAGCGACUUUGGAGAGGAGCAGAGAGAUCGCUACUUAAAGGUGAGCCUGUCAGCUGAGCACCAGGAGUUCUUCAUCUUCCUUCAGCGAUUGCUCAGUCCAGUGCUGGAGGCCUACAGCGGCGCUGCCGUUUUUGUCCACAGUUUGAGUCAGCCUGUGCCUGAGUCCGACUACACCCUGAGGCUCUUCAGAUACCUGCUGACGCGAACAGAGAGAGGAGUGGCUGCUUAUGGUGAAAGUGCAACUCAUUAUCUGGUUAAGAACACAGUGAAGACAUUCAAAGAGCUCGGGGUCCUGAAGGAAAGAAGAGAGAACAGAGUAACAGUUUUGGAGCUCAGCAGCACCUUUCAACCUCAGGCCAACCGGAAUAAACUCCUUCAGUACAUCUUAAGCUUCACCCUUCUGUGACUGGGGGACCUUUAAAACCACACGUUUUAUAAAGGGCUUCUACUGGUUACGUCAAAACAAUCCCAGGUGCUAGUCUGUGGAAAGCUUUACCAGGAAGUGCCUUCACGCAACGGCCGCUAACUAUUGGCUGUCAGCUGGAAGAGACUUGAAGCCAGUCUUCCUCCUUUUCUUUCCAGCCAGUCAAUAACAGGCAUGUAUAAAUAUCUUAAGAGGUACCUCCAGAAACCAUGACUUGCUUUGGUAACAUUGCCAACGUAGUUUUAAAUGUUUUGAUGUGGUCAAAAGGGGGAGAAAAAAAAAAACACAGGUGAGGUCAAGCAGGCUAGAAAAUGAGGAUCACUUUUACAGCAAUCUGAACAAAGAAAGCUGCCUUUCAUACGUUCAAGUAAACAAGCAAAAUAUGCAUAGGAAAAAAAAAACAAUCAGGAGAAUUUUAUGAUGAUUCUACCUGCUUGUAUUUAAAGGCUUCAAAAGUUUCUUUAGGGCGCUGUAGAUAUCAACUAUACAGAAAAUAACAAUGUAGUUUAAUGCAAAGUUUGUUUUUUAAAGCAAUUUCCUGUACAUAGGUCACGAGAACAAUAUCCCAGCUGUGGUACUCAUAAAUGCACACAAUCUGGGAGUCAUAAACAAUGUUUUCAUAUCUGACUGAACGAUUUUGUGGACGGCCGAGAGAAGGCGUCCCAGCUGUAACGUGUAAAUAUUCAGAUAUUUCCGUUUGAAUCUCUCAGCGCCGCUAAGGUCAACAGUUCUGUACAGUUUCAGGUAUGAAAGCAUUCAGCUGCAAA